UCUACAGAUAUGUAUCACCUAAGUGCCCAGACUUCUCUUCUCAUUUUAAAUCCGUUCAACAUUCUUUGGUUCUUGAUCUCAGUUCAAUUCAGAUUUCCCUGCAUCGAAGCUCAAUAUGGUUGUUUAUCAGUGAAAUACAAAAUAUACUCGAAAGAAAUAAUAUAAAAAACUGUGUCCAACCAGUUCUACGCUCAUCGAGAACUUUGUGGAAAAAGUUGACCAGUUGGAAACCAUUCCAGAUUACGCCAGGGUCAGAGGAUUCACAGUGUACAUUUUUUAGCUCAGCUGUUAGAGUCCAUAGAUUCUCAGCCCUUCUUUGUGAUACAGAACAAGAGUUUAUGAAUCUUACUGUAUCCGAUACAGAGCUAGAUACAGUUUACAGGGCGAGUAGUAAACUCAUUCUGAGAGUUUUUAUCAGAAAUUUCCUUGUAGAAGAUCUUACUCAGUAUACACACUUUCCUAAGAUUAUGUGGCUUGAGGAAGGAAAUAUGCUUGAGAUGAGACUGGUUUUAAACCUGUCAAAGAAUGCCGAGAAUGGUGGAUUUCUUAAUAUUAAUAUUGGGAAUAUUCAUCUUCUUAUUCUUCACAGAGUUUACAGGCUUCUGCAGAUGUACUGUGCUCCUGUACCCCUGAAUCUGAUCUAUCUGAAGCUAAGAAAGAUUAAGAAUAAACUACCUUCUCCUUCCUUCUCCCCUAUACCGUCUCUAGGACUGAAAGUCAGCAUGGAGGGACCAACGUUUAUAAUUCCAGUCUCUAGAGAUACUCAAGAUACAAUAUCUGUCUAUUCAGGACGAACAACGAUUGAAAACUUCAAAUGCGAAGACAGGUAUCAAAGCAUUCUGGUGGACACUGUUGGAGCUCAAGAUAAAAUGUGCAUAUUUGACAUGAAUGUUUACAGUAUAAAAUGA